CCAGGUUAUCGCGCUGCAAGCUCAGGGCCCCGCGACCCCGCGCCCCGCGCCCCGCCGCGCCUCCGGCCCCGCGGGCACGGCGGCCGGCGGGCGCUCGCGGCUGCUGCUGCUGCUGCCGCCCAGCGAGGAGCAGAAUGGAAGUGAGGAAAGGAACUCAGCCGAUGCAGGAGCCGGAGUGAGAGCGGCGGACUCACACGCCCUAGCCCGCACCAUGAAUUCGUGUCUCCCUUCUACGCGCUAGGAGCCAAGGGCAGGUGAAGCUGUGGAGAGCAAUGGCUCUCUUCACUCCGUGGAAGCUGUCCUCGCAGAAGCUGGGCUUCUUCCUGGUGACUUUUGGCUUCAUUUGGGGUAUGAUGCUCCUGCAUUUUACCAUCCAGCAGCGAACACAGCCUGAGAGCAGCUCCAUGCUGCGUGAACAGAUCCUGGACCUCAGCAAAAGGUACAUCAAGGCGUUGGCAGAAGAGAACAGGAACGUGGUGGACGGGCCGUACGCUGGCGUCAUGACGGCUUAUGAUCUGAAGAAAACUCUUGCUGUGUUACUGGAUAAUAUCUUGCAGCGCAUUGGGAAGCUGGAGUCGAAGGUGGACAAUCUCGUCAUCAAUGGCACGGGAACAAACUCCAGCAACUCCACAACAGCUGUUCCCAGCUUGGUAGCACUUGAGAAAAUUAAUGUGGCAGAUAUCAUUAAUGGAGCUCAAGAAAAAUGUGUAUUGCCUCCUAUGGAUGGCUACCCCCACUGCGAAGGGAAGAUCAAGUGGAUGAAAGAUAUGUGGCGUUCAGAUCCCUGCUACGCAGACUACGGAGUGGAUGGAUCCACCUGUUCUUUCUUUAUUUACCUCAGUGAGGUUGAAAAUUGGUGUCCUCAUUUACCUUGGAGAGCAAAAAAUCCCUAUGAAGAAGCUGAUCAUAAUUCAUUGGCAGAAAUUCGGACAGAUUUUAAUAUUCUCUACAGUAUGAUGAAAAAGCAUGAAGAGUUCCGGUGGAUGAGACUGCGGAUCCGGCGCAUGGCUGACGCGUGGAUCCAAGCGAUCAGAUCGCUGGCGGAAAAGCAGAAUCUUGAAAAGAGAAAGCGGAAGAAAGUGCUGGUUCACCUGGGCCUCCUGACCAAGGAAUCUGGAUUUAAGAUCGCAGAGACAGCAUUCAGCGGUGGCCCUCUUGGUGAAUUAGUUCAGUGGAGUGAUUUAAUUACAUCCCUGUACUUACUGGGCCAUGACAUUAGGAUUUCAGCUUCACUGGCUGAGCUCAAGGAAAUAAUGAAGAAAGUUGUAGGAAACCGAUCUGGCUGCCCGACUGUAGGAGACAGAAUCGUGGAGCUCAUUUAUAUUGAUAUUGUAGGACUCGCCCAAUUCAAGAAAACCCUUGGACCGUCCUGGGUUCAUUACCAGUGCAUGCUCCGAGUCCUGGAUUCCUUUGGUACAGAACCAGAGUUUAAUCAUGCUAACUAUGCCCAGUCCAAAGGCCACAAGACCCCUUGGGGGAAGUGGAAUCUGAACCCUCAGCAGUUCUACACCAUGUUCCCUCAUACCCCAGACAACAGCUUCCUGGGCUUUGUGGUGGAGCAGCACCUCAACUCCAGCGACAUCCACCACAUUAACGAGAUCAAAAGGCAGAACCAGUCCCUCGUGUAUGGCAAAGUGGACAGCUUCUGGAAGAAUAAGAAGUUCUACUUGGACAUAAUUCACACGUACAUGGAGGUGCACGCGACUGUUUACGGCUCCAGUACCAAGAAUAUUCCCAGUUACGUGAAAAACCACGGCAUCCUCAGUGGACGGGACCUGCAGUUUCUUCUCCGGGAGACCAAGUUGUUUGUUGGACUUGGGUUCCCUUAUGAGGGCCCGGCUCCCUUGGAGGCCAUUGCAAAUGGAUGUGCUUUUCUGAACCCCAAGUUCAACCCGCCCAAAAGCAGCAAAAACACAGACUUUUUCAUCGGCAAGCCGACGCUGAGAGAGCUGACGUCCCAGCAUCCUUAUGCUGAAGUCUUCAUCGGCCGACCGCACGUUUGGACUGUGGACCUCGGCCACCGGGAGGAAGUGGAGGAUGCAGUGAAAGCAAUUUUAAAUCAGAAGAUUGAGCCGUACAUGCCAUAUGAGUUCACGUGUGAGGGAAUGCUCCAGAGAAUCAACGCUUUCAUCGAGAAGCAGGACUUCUGUCACGGGCAAGUGAUGUGGCCGCCCCUCAGUGCACUGCAGGUGAAGCUAGCUGAGCCCGGGCAGUCCUGCAAGCAAGUGUGCCAGGAGAACCAGCUCAUCUGCGAGCCAUCCUUCUUCCAGCACCUCAACAAGAACAAGGACGUGCUCAAGUACGAGGUGAGCUGCCAAAGCUCAGAACUGGCCAAGGAUAUCCUGGUGCCGUCCUUCGACCCCAAGAACAAGCACUGUGUGUUCCAGGGGGAUCUGUUGCUCUUCAGCUGCGCGGGCGCCCACCCCAGGCACCAGAGGAUCUGCCCCUGCCGGGACUUCAUCAAGGGCCAGGUGGCGCUGUGUAAAGACUGUCUAUAGCGGCCACUGGUUCGGCCUGUGCUCAUCCUGUGGGGAAAGCGGCCGCACUGGCCCCAUUGUGGGCGGGGCUGGGGGGCCCAAGUCAUUCAGGGACUCUGGCCAGAGCCUGAACUUUUCCGUCAAAGGUUUCGAUUGGGUUUUGCCCCUGCUAGGGACGGAGCAGCCCAGAGGAGUUUUCCACCGAAACAGAACGGGAGAGCAGUGGCCCGGCCGGGAGCCUGGCUGAUCCCUGUACAAUGAACACCCCGUUUCUAUUUCUCGUGGAGCACCUGCUGGGGGGGACUGUCGGUGCAGCUGCCCCAGGGUAAAGAGAAAGCCUCAAGAUUGGUUUCAAAUGAAAGAGGAAGAAUGGAGCCGACUGGAAAGAACUUUUGUCCUAUUCCUAAACCCAUUAACUUAUUUAUUUGGGCGGGCGGGUGGGAGGGGCAGCGGGGAGGGCGCCGGGACCCAGGACACGUUUCUUCUGUUACUUCCCACUGUUAAUCGUCACUUUUACACUACUGUCAUCUGCCUGCUUCUGCGGGGUACAGGAAGCUGACGCGGGCUAUGCCGUGGGGCAGGCUUCUCAGAGCAGCCGUGGCCAGCAAGAGGAAUUCUUGCAUCAGGGACCACCAGGCUGCCCAGGGCGCAGAUCCUGCACACGGCAGCUGGAGCACAGGUACCCCCAUUGGCGUGGGGGCACCUGACCGUGUUACCCAGAGAGCCCACCCAAGGGACCAAGGACAGGGCUGCUUUCCUCUGUGUCCCCUGCCCCUCUGCACCAACCCCCGUUGCCGUUUCUCAUUAGACUCCCUUUAGUAGGGAAAUGCAGGAUGGGGGGAGGGGGGGUUCCUUGAUUAGCUUGUGGUACGCUUGCCCUCCCACUGCAGGCCACCAGGUGGAGGGCAGGAGAGUUGCAGGCCUCAGAGCCGCUCUUGGAGCUGGAAGGCUGGCUCUCAGGCCCCCCAGAGAGUGCAGUCUGAGCUGUGAGGCAUGGGAGUGGAGUCGCGCAUUUGGAACUGGUAGCACCACUGGAGCUGGGCUCCUGGCUGGCCGGCUUGCGUCAGGUCACCCAAGUCCAGGAAUGGAUGUUUGCUUGGGGAGCAGGGGCUCGCUCAGGAUGAACUCGGUGCGCUGUGCUGACUGCUGGUCUGUGGGUGCAGCUUGCGAGGCGUGGGAGUCAGCCGCUGGCUCCUCCUCCAGGCGUGGUCAUGCUGCAGGCAGCGAGCAGCAGCGUGGAGAAGCGCUGCAGGUUGGCCUGAUCCCCUGAGACCUAAGACCCCACCUUGCAGACCCUGGAGCUGCUGUGCCCUGCCUUUGUGUCCAGGCACACCCCGCUGAAACCCUGCUUGCCGGGCUGGCUUGUGUACACCUCUGUGUUUCUGUGCAGCUCCUGCUGUCUCCCCUGUGGCAUAGGCGAGUCCCUGACCAGAGCCGCAACAUCACCCAUCCUGCCCUUGCUGGCAGUCUGGGGCCCCUGCCUGCCGUCUCGGGCAGCCUCUGCCAGGACCAUGGGGCAGAUUCUGCCUGCUGCUUGGUUUCUGUCCCAGUGCAUGAACAGCACCAAGUAGGCCCUCACAUCUCUGCACAGUGGGUCUGAAAUGCACCUUCAGUGGAGAAAAUGGUGAAGGUGUAGGGCAGGUAGCUGGGGUCUGCUCCCCGCCACCCCCCAGGCUCACAUGGCCCCUGAGCCAACCUUCCAGGGAGAGUACUGUACAGGGGUCCCGAGUUCUGGCUGAGAAGGGCAAAGGAGACCUCGUUGGUGACAGGGUGUGUCUAUGUGGGGGUGCUACUUAAACACUGCACAGUGUCCCGCAGUGGGAAGGGAGACAACGGACACCCUCCCCCUGUAAGCAAAGGCCUCUUGGCUGCAUCCUAUGGUAAGAAUUGGCGUGAGCUGCCAGACCUGCAAAUCCUGGGCCACCACUGCCCUCUCCCGGGCUCUUCUGGAAGCUUCUAACAGGAUGUCAGUGCAGGCAUUCAUCCAGCAGGGGGAGCCUGCAGGCUACAUGUGAUCCCUUCCAUAGACACCUUAGGCAAGAGACCUGUUUCAGCCAGCACAGGAACGGGGAAAGCCAGGCUGUUGGAGGGCAGCUCCGUCCCUACUUGCAGUAGCUGCAGGGCUCAUCUGCUGGCUGUCCUGGAGCCCAGGGCUUCUGCACCUUCCAGGUCCUUUUCUCCAAGUCCCUGGGGUCGGUCAGGCAGCCGGGAAGAGCACUUUGUCCCAUUUAAAAUUCCCUCUCACUCUCCACGUCCCUUCCCCUGCCCAGGACUGUCUGCAAGUGGGGCAGCUACUGCUGGGGGUAAACCCGCACUCCAGUUGUCAAGGGCAUUAUCCAUAGAUUCAGUGACCCCAGAAUGUACGCCGGCUCCCAGGCCCCCUCAGACUUGACCUAGAUCUGGCUGGUGACCCCUGAAAGGAAAUUGGGGAGGGGGCUAACAUUUGCCCUGCGUGGAAAGGAGAGUGUGGGCUGGGAGCCCGCAGCCCUUUUCUUCUUGCCAGUCCUAAGAGGAUCUUCAACCAGUGUGUGGGUGCUGACGGUUCCCUAGGGAGAAGAGUUCCACUGGGAUAAUGUCUUCUCGUGCUGUGAUCAUGUCUUGCCUGGUCUUUGGGUUAUAUUCCCUGCUUUUUGUGAGCUUAAGCUGUUAAAGUGGGGGAAACGUGUCUCUAACUUAGUGAGAGGGAGACAGCGUGGCUAGGAGCGAGGCUCCUCAGAGGGGAGACUCGCGUCUUGGAAGGCAGUCACCACCUCCUUUCCUUCCCGUUUGCACACGGACAGCUGGAGCCGCUGUGGGCGUCUUUGCUUGGAUUGCGUUUUUGUCCCUGCUUCUUGUUCUCGUUUGCUUUUUGUGUUGGCCCUGUGUUUGGAGCUGUCAGGGACGGCUCCUUGGCGGGGUUUUUUUUCCUGAUGUGCCUUCUUACUUUUCUUUGGGAUUGGGUUUUGGCAUCUGUGUGCUGUUGGGAGGCAGGCAGGGCAGGUCUAUGGGUCCCUGUAGAUGCUGGGGUGGGCAGUGCCACAGAGCAUGUGCGUGUGAACAUUCGAAUCUACCCCCAGAGGCAGUGGGAGGCUGUGCAGACCCCAAGCAAAGGGCUGGCUGGCCGGAGCCCAGGCUGCGCCCUCCUGGACUGCGUGGCCACACCUCUGGGUUGCCUCGGGACCACUGGUUGGGGCUGUGCAGACGGCCUGAAUUCCCUCUGCCCCCACACUUGCUGUGGUAUGGCCAGGUGGGAAGGCCAGCCUCACGUGAGGGCAGCACUGAUGGGUACGAGGCCCCAGGGUCUGCGUCUGCUUUUUGGUUUCUCAGUGAAUGCAAGACUUCAUGAAAGAGAAUAAUGAGAUUCCUGUUUGGGAGCAGAGCCCCAGCAUGACACUGUGGUAGCUGUGUGAUGCAUGGAGCCGAUUCAGGGUGGUGGUCCCAGGCGAGUGUGGGCUUUCGGGACCAGCCCAAGGUAGUUUACCUCGGCUGUGUAUGUCAUUAAACACUGCCACCCUCUCCCACGUCCCCGCCCCCUAAGUCUUGAUUUUAAAAAGUAUAUUUUGUUAACGACAGGCUCUGUUGUAUGUCUUACUAUCCCAAGCCUGGAUUGAUUUUAUUUAUUUAAAAAUAUUUUAAUGUCCACAUUGGCUUUAUUCUAAUCCCAGCCAUGCCUGUGGGGCUACCGCAGUAGCUUCGUGCUCAUGAAGGAGGCUGAGAAGGUGUAAAGAAUCGUUGGCCUCAACAAAAAGUUUUUAUAGCAAAAGCCCAAAUUAGCUGUAUAGUCUCAGAUGCAUUAAGAGAGAAAAAUCACCCUAGCUUCUUAGCACUUAGGGUUCUGUAAGGAUUCAGUGUUUAGCCCAGUGCCUCGCACAUAGUAAGUCGUAAAUAUUGUUAGUAGCCUUUCCUAAAACUUGAGAAAUACGGAGCUGAGCUCACUGUAUUGUUAACUCAAGCCCAAUGUGGAAUUACUAUUCCAAGUUGAAUGUCGUAGGCGUCCCUGGUAUAGAGUGGCCAAGCUCUGCAGCUGCCCUGCCGGUUGGGAUUUUUCUGUGCCCCUGAAGGCACAGAUCAGAAAAUGUGCCAGACUUCAGCCCCAGCGAAAAUUAUCAACUGGAGCUGAGAACAGUUAAGGAUGAGCUUUGGCCACCUCCUAGACCUCAGCCCACUCCUGCUUUCUGGAACAUUCCAUGGGAUUUGAGGAACAUUGAGCUAUAAAUUGUACCCCUUGAAUCAUGUGUAACUCUUUUCCUACAAAAUGCAAUAACAGGCUUUUCUGUGGUGUUUAGGGGAAGGGAUGACCAAUGGAUCCUGCACAUUCCCCAGGAGGCCCCUUUGCUGCCCCCUGCUGGCCGGGGUGGCCCCUCUGGUCCUUAAGGAUCAGACUGCUAGGCUGGUUAGCGCUCGCCUGUUUCCAUGGGAUUCCAGGUUAAUUCCUGGGCCUGGUCCCAGAGAGAGCCAGCCGAGGAACUGGAGCAGGGAUGUGGUCUUGUUCCGAUCCGGACCCAGGGGCUGCUCCUGGUGUAAUGUGGUUUGCCCAAAUCCCCUUGGCGUUUUGUUUUCUUGGGGAUGUUGCCCCUUCCUCACCGGUGUAGUUGAAGUUCAUUUCCUGCCCUGUCUGGACCAUCAUCAUGAACUAGGGGAGACUGGCCGGAGCCAGCGUCCUCUCCAGAUCCCUGGGUCUGCUCUUCACCUGAGGGGCAGCAUGCUUGCUCUGUGGGUGUCAUGCCUGCCCUCCACCCCACCAGACCCACACCCCCGACUUGCCCAGCCGGAGGCCACGUGUUUGUGUAGUGGAUGGAGCCGUGGUCUGUGGACGGCAGGGGCUACUCCAAGGGCAUCCACAGAGCUGGAGGCCUACACAGCUCGCUGGGACAGCAGGUCCGGAAGGUGAGCAGAGCCUGUCCCACCCGCCAAAGCUCGGGAAGCAUUUUGGUGACUGUCUUCCCCAGGAAUUACCACAAUGACAGCAUGAAAUUGAUGCCAAAGGAGAUGGUGAAGUUCCUUCCGCUGUAGUUGCUGUCCCAGCCUCCAUGUCUUUAAGCUAAUGGCCGUUUGCAUCAGCGUCUUUAAACCAAUCCUGUUACAACCAUUUUCUACAGUUCACUUCUGGGGUUUAAGUAGUGCAGGAUUCUGCAAAUAAGGUGUCACUGUCCAAACGUACUGUACUGGCCUAGAGAGCACUGCUUUGUUUUCCACUGUUGUAGAGAAAACUAGGGAGAACUUUAUUUUUCAAUAAACUUUUCUUGUGUGA